AUGACACUAGAAUUCUCUUGUUUAAAAACCUUCCAAGAAACUUACCCAUGUUUGUUUCAUACACUUUAUUAUUCGACAAUUGUUGUUGGCGCAUUUAAAAUCUUCAAUUUUUUUAAAGGACUAGCAGCAAUUUUUUUGGAUUGUUUUAUUUACCCAUCAGUGAAUUUCCAUAAAUAUGGUGGCAAUACCUCUAAUCCAACCAAUUGGUGUGUGAUUACAGGCGCAAGUGAUGGUAUCGGUAAAGAAUAUGUUUUCCAAUUUGCAAAUCGCGGUUUUAAUUUACUUUUAAUCAGUAGAACAGAAUCCAAGCUACAAGAUAUUCAAAAAGAGUUGAAAUUAAGAUACCCUAGAGUUAAAGUCCAAUAUUUAAGCAUAGAUGUUUCAACUGAUUCCUUACAAAAUUAUUCCAAAAUUUCCCAAGUGACGGACAAUUUGCCCAUCACUGUUUUAGUUAACAAUGUUGGCCAGUCACAUUCUAUUCCUGUGCCUUUCCUAGAAACUGAAGACAAAGAAAUUAACGAUAUUAUCACCAUUAAUGAUAAAUUUACUUUAAAAAUUACUAAAAUCAUUGUUCCAAGAAUUAUAGAAACUUUAAAGAAAAAUCAUAACAAAAGUAAAGGAUUGAUUUUAACUAUGGGUUCUUUUGGUGGAUUAUUGCCAACCCCCUUUUUAGCCACUUAUUCUGGGUCAAAAGCCUUUUUACAAAGUUGGUCGAACGCAUUGAGUGGUGAAUUAUCACGCUACAACGUAGAUGUUGAAUUAGUCCUAUCUUAUUUGGUAACAUCAAAGAUGUCCAAAAUUCGUAAGUCUUCACUUCUCAUUCCAACUCCAAAACAGUUUGUUGCCAGUGUUUUAAGGUCCUGUGGUAGAAGGUGCGGUGCUCAGGAGAGAUACGGUACUACUACUCCAUAUUGGAGUCAUGCCUUAUAUCAUUAUUUAAUUGAGCAAACUGUUGGUGUCUAUAGUGCAGUAGCUAAUAAAAUUAACUACCAAUUUCAUUGGAGUAUUAGAAAGAGAGCGUUAAAGAAACGUCAACAAAAGAAAUUGGAGGGUGAAAAAACUGGGAACGAAUUAAAAAAUGAUUGA